AUGUCGAAAAAUCUCUUAGAUCAAUCGGAUACUCUUCGUUUAAAAGCAUUACAAUCUGGUAUUGAAAAUCGUGUUGAAGUUAAUCAACGAAUGUUAAUUGAUAAAAUGCUUGCACGUUAUUCAUCGGAUUUUGUUGUUUGUCGUGAAUUAAUUCAAAAUUCUGAUGAUGCUAAAGCAACAUCAUUUCAUUUUGAAAUAACUUGUAAUAAUAAUAGAUUAUCAUCAGAAAAAGAUUUUCAUAAUAAAACUAUAACAGAAAUUCGUGCAAUAAAUAAUGGUCUUAUUUUUAAUGAAAUUGAUUGGAAACGUGUAGCAUCUAUAGCUGAAGGAAAUAUAAAUGUUGAAUCAGUUGGACAAUUUGGUGUUGGAUUUUUUUCUGUUUUUUCAUUUUCUGAAGAACCAAUUAUAACAUCAGGAAAUCAAUAUAUGGCAUUUGUUUGGCGUGAUGAUAAUUCUUUAACAACUUAUCGUCAUGAAUUACCAUUAGAACAACAAUCACAAUUAACAUCAAUUAUUCUUAAAAUGCGUACAAAAUAUAUUUUACAUACAGAAACAAAUCUUGAUUUUGAUUCAAUAAUAGAUAUUAAUGAAAGUCCUAAUAUUAAAUCAUCAAAUAAAAAACGACAAAAGAAAAAUAUAACAACAACAACAACAACAAAUGAAAUUAUUCCAACAAUUAAUCUUGCACAACUUAAAGCUUAUUUUACUAAAGUUUUAUCAUUUACAAAAUAUAUUAAUGAACUUAUUAUAAAAAUAAAUCAAAAAAUAAUUUUUAAAGUAACAAAAACAAGAAAACCAAUAUCAUCAACAAAAUCUAAUUUACAAUUUAAAAAAAAUUCUAUUCAUAAUAUGUUACGUUUUGAUUCAUUAAUACAAACAGAACAAAUCUUUUCUAUUGAUCAUGGUCCAUCUAUAACAUUAAAUCAUAUAUCUGUUGAUGCAACAUUAAUUAUUGAUGAAAAUUAUCAUAAUCAUAUUCGACGUAUAUUAAAAAAAAAGUUUACCACCAAAUGUACAAAUUCAACUUUUAUAUACAC